UGUUUGAUUCCAUUUUAUAGGUCGACUUCGAAGAUCAUAUCAAUUGAAAGCGAGACCCGCUGCAUGAAAAAAAAAUUCCAUGAGGCAUUAUGGCUCGAAAUCUUCUUUUUGAAAAUAAAAAAGUUUAAUAACAAGUGCUUAAGCAAUUAAUAUCGUUUUUAUGUGUUUAGUAAACACUGUUUACCUGUCAAUCAAACAUAUCGCAUUAAAAUAAAAAGGUGUGUUUUUUUUACCGAAAAUAUUAUAAAUAGAAAACCGGUUUCUUCAUUUGUACUGUCGCUAUCAUUCAUUUGAAUUUCGGCGGCGAAUUUUCAUAAUUUUGGCACACGCUUAUAUGGUUCUUUCGUAGUAUUAACUAAACCAUAAAUUCAGUGACUAAAAUGUGUAGGAAAUGUGCACCGGAAAAAGAAUUUAUGUAUUUAUUGCGGAUCUGACUCUGUCGGAAGAGAUUCUUUUAUAUUAUUAUUUUGUGGUUUUCAACUGCGGGCGUUUCUAACAAGAAGAUAUAAUAAGAUUUAAAUGUUGUUUACCUCACAAAAAGCAACCGCUUAUUUGUUGGAAUAAAAUUGAAGCAAGCAUAGAACUGGUUUGUUUUCUUUUGGUCUAUUGUUGUUCAAGCGAUUCGAUCUGACGCAAUGUGCGAAUAUUCUAGCCACAAUAGUAUAAAUUCAGCGCUGUAUGUUUGAAAAUAAACAUUAGCUUUUUAGAUUCGAUUUGGUGCAUACCAUCUUCAUACCAUUCUUUUAUUUUGGAUUAUUUUUUUUUGUAAAAAUGUUUAAGAGUUUGGUUGAAACAAUUGUGCUAUUUGUGGUGCUGUCGAUUUUAAGUAAUCAAUUUUCUGCCAAUGCAGAACCGCAACGUGGACUCGGUCAAAUUGCCGGUUCGGCGUUGGGAGGAGCGGUUGGGGGAUUUGCUCGUGAAGCUUUCCGCGGUACUGCAUUUGGUAAUGGUAUUGGCGGUCCUGGUUUUGGUGGUUUGGGAGGGCAGUCCUUUGGUGGUGCACCCGGCGUCUAUGGUGGAUAUCCCGGCGGAGCCGGUUUCGGGGGUCCUGGUUCAUUUGGCGGUCCUGGUUUUGGUGGUUCUAGUUUCGGUGGACCUGGCUUAUCCGGAGGAUAUCCAGGCGGCUAUGGAGGUACUUAUUCAAAAAUGAUUAUGAACCAAAUUGAAGUAAAAUCAAAUUUUCGACAAAAUAAUCUAAAAAAAAAUCUCGAAUUUUUCACGUAUAGGCUAUGGGGGCGCAUUUCCAGGUCGCUUUGGUCGAUUCCGACGAGGUUUCGGACGAUUCCGUCGUGGAUACCUUUAAAUGCAGCAACAAACUUUCACAACACCAAAUAUUACACACUAAUCAGUCAAUUCUAUUUUCGUGAUAUUUAUAUAUUUCAGUAAACAAUAGAUGUUAUCUCGUUAUUCAUAAUUGUAAAAAAUAAAUGUAAGAAAUGUAAGAAUUCGCAAAAGAUAAA